GCGGGACAUUGUCGAUAUCGACAUCAUCAACCCUCAUACAACUCCCUUUCAUCCCAAUCAUAUCUACCUACCAACCCAUCUCUUGUGUAUAGAACUCUGUUUCCUUAUACUCGAACCAAACACACAUAGACGAACCAGUCCAGAAUAAAAGCGAAUCGACCUCGUUUCGCAUUACGACCCCCCCGCUCCAUCACAACCAGACCAAAACUUAUAAACUAGAAUAACUUGCAUCAUGUCUGUCGUCGGAAUCGAUCUCGGAAACUUGGCAUCAAAGAUCGGUGUCGCCCGUAACCGUGGUAUCGAUGUUAUCGCCAACGAGGUCUCCAACUUGGCUACUCCCUCCCUCGUCUCGUUCACCCCGAGGCAACGUCUGAUCGGAGAGUCCGCCAAGACCGCCGAAACCUCCAACUUCAAGAACACCAUCGGAUCCCUCAAACGACUCGUCGGCCGAACGCUCGCCGACCCCGAGAUCAACGAGUACGAGAAGAAGUUUAUCAACGCCGAGCUGGUCGAUGUCGACGGUACCGUCGGUGUCAAGGUCAAGUACUUGGGCGAGACGUCGACUUUUAACGCUACCCAGUUGGUCGCUUCUUACCUGGGCAAGUUGAGGGACACGGCCGCCGCCGAGCUCAAGGCUCCCGUCACCGACAUUGUCAUCGCCGUGCCCGGUUGGUACACCGACGUCCAGCGACGUGCCGUCCUCGACGCCGCCAACAUUGCCGGUCUCAACUGUCUCCGAUUGAUCAACGACACCACCGCCGUCGCCCUCGGAUACGGGAUCACCAAGCCCGACCUCCCCGAGGGCGUCGAGAACGCUAGAAACGUCGUCUUUGUCGACGUCGGUCACUCGAACUACUCGGCCUCGGUCGUCGGGUUCAGCAAGGGUCAACUCACCGUCAAGGGAACCGCUUACGACCCGCACUUUGGUGGACGUGAUUUCGACUAUGCGUUGAUCCAGCAUUUCGCCGAAGAAUUCAAGACCAAGUACAAGAUCGACGUCAUGAGCAACCCCAAGGCCAUCUUCCGUCUCUCGACCUCGUGUGAGAGGCUGAAGAAGAUCCUCAGUGCCAACUCGGAGGGUAUCCUCAACGUCGAGAGCAUCAUGAACGACGUCGACGCCUCGUCGAGCAUGACCAGGGAGACUUUCGAAAAGCUCACCUCGCACCUCUUGGACCGGGUCACCGUCACCCUCGAAAAGGCCAUCAACGAGGCCGGUCUCACCUUGGAGCAGAUCGACGCCAUCGAGCUGGUCGGUGGAUCCACCCGAAUCCCCGCCAUCAAGGAACGUCUCUUGAAGUUCUUUGGCGCCGGCAAGGUCCUCUCGACCACCUUGAACGCCGAAGAGGCCAUCUGCCGAGGAGCCACUUUUGCCUGUGCCACCUUGUCGCCCGUCUUCCGUGUCCGAGAGUUUGCCGUCAACGACAUCAACCCUUACGCCAUCAAGAUCUGUUGGGAAAAGGAGGAGGGUAACCCGGACGAGGAUACCGAGCUCUUGGUCUUCCCCCGAAAGAACGCCAUCCCGUCUACCAAGGUCUUGACCUUCCACCGUGCUGGACCCUUCGAGCUCGAGGCCAGGUACGCCGAGGACUCGGGUAUCCCCGCCGGUACCAACCCCUGGAUCGGCAAGGUCGCCGUCAAGGGCGUUCAGAAGACCGCUUCCGGUGACCUCGCCUGCGUCAAGGUCAAGGCCCGUCUCAACCUGCACGGGAUCCUCAGCUUUGAAGAGGCCUACACCGUCGAAGAGGUCGAGGAGGAGGAAAAGUACACCACCGGCGAGGGUGACGAGAAGAAGGAAGAGACCCGCAAGGUCCGCAAGGUCAAGAGGACCGGGACCUUGAACCUCGUCGGCGGGUACGGCGGGUUCACUUCGGAGACCAAGAACAAGCUCAUGGAGGAGGAAGGCAAGAUGGCCUCUUCCGACAAGCUCGUCAUGGAGACCGAGGAGCGAAAGAACGCGCUCGAAGAGUACGUCUACGACACCCGUGGCAAGCUCGACGGACGAUACGCCUCGUUCGUCCAGCCCAAGGAGAAGGAGGAGCUCCUCGCCGGUCUGCAGGCCGCCGAGGACUGGUUGUACACCGACGAGGGCGAGGAUGCCAGCAAGUCGGCGUACGUGGAAAAGUUGUCGGCUUUGAAGAAGACGGGAGACCCCGUUUACAACAGGUGGAAGGAGAGCGAGGAGAGGCCCAAGGCUGCGGCUGCGCUCAGGGAGGUCGUCAACAACUGGUUGAGCAUCGCUCAGAGUGGGGACGAGAAGUACUCGCACAUCACCGACGCUGACAAGGAGAAGGUCAUCGAGAAGUGCGCCACCAACCAAAAGUGGCUCGAGGACAACCUCGUCCGUCAAUCCGAGCGAAGCAAGAACGUCGACCCCGUCAUCCAAUCCACCGAGAUUCUGUCUCGUCGGGACGACGUCCAGUUCACCUCGGCCGGGAUCAUGAACAGGCCCAAGCCCAAGGUCGCCAAGACCGAGACCCCGACGCCUGCCAAGGAGGAAGAGGCCAAGAAGGACGAUGUCGAUAUGGAGGAGGGCAAGGAGGUCGAGGAGGACAUGGACGUCGACUAGAUGUUUGCAGUAGAGUCAAGUGGGCGAAGAGAGAGAUGAUUUUUUCCCGGUCUGUGUCAUUAGAUAGUCUUUUUUGCCGUAUAGGAUGAAUGAAAAGCGUGA